AUGCUUCUGCUUCCUCUUCCCUUCCCUCUCUCUCUUCCUCUCCCUCUCCCCCCUCUCCUUCUCCUUCACGCGCAAUCGCAACUGCAAUUCGCGCAAGCAGGAGCAAGAGCAAGGGGUGUUGCUGCCGCCGCAAACGCCAUCAAAGCGCCAUCGACAACAUCGUCGUGGCACGGAAUGGCGCAGAGACGGCAGUUGCAUUUGACGCCGGCUUGUCAUACGUUUCGGCCCGUGUGGACUGAGCGCCGCGUUAAGAUGCCGUGGGUUGAGGCGUUGGAGUUGGAGAGGGAGAAGGAGAGAGAGAGGGAGAGGGAGAAGGCAGAGGCGGAGGCGGGGGUGGAUGCGGGAGUGGAGAGGAGAGGGGGCGCGUCUCUUCCGAAAGUGGAUUUGCAACCGAGGAAGAUGGGGGAUAGUUAUUCUCGGGGUAUACUUCCACUUGCCCAAGACCCAUGGUUAUUAGAUACAUAUCUGAAUGCCUCAGGGCAUAUCCGCCUAGGCUCCCUGCUCAUGGACCUAGAUGCGCUAGCCGGCGUUGUCGCAUACGCCCACACAGGCGACUCAGUCAUGACUGUCACCGCCGCAGUGGACCGCAUCACCAUCGAGCACACGCUCAAGGAGAUCUGCGACCUGGAACUCAGCGGACAGGUCACAUAUGCAACUGGCCGCUCGAGCAUGGAGAUUUCGCUGCAGGUUGCAAAGGCGCCGGUGAAAGGGCAGCCGGUUAAGGAGGAGGAUGUGUUGAUUACAUGUGCGUUUACGAUGGUUUCGUUGGAUCCUGUGACCAAGAUGCCGGUAGCCGUUGCACCACUCCUUGUGGAGACGGAUGAGGAACGGAGGCUUUUCGAGCUUGGGGAGAAGAAUUACAAGGCCAAAAAGCAGUUGAGGACCAGGAGUUUGCUUCAGCAGACACCGAACGAUGAGGAGAGUGAUCUUAUCCAUGCUAUGUGGACGAAGGAGAUGGCUUAUCUAAAUCCGCAAAAUCCUCUCGCCCGCCCUAAAAACCUCAUGCACAUGAAAGAAACAAUCCUCAAAUCUGCCCAGAUCAUGCAACCGCAGUACCGCAACAGGCACAACUUCAUGAUCUUCGGCGGCUACCUGCUGAAGCAAACAUUCGAACUAGCCUUCUGCUGUGCGGCAUCCUUUUCAAAUUCAAGACCGACUUUCCUCUCCCUCGACCCUAGCACCUUUGACAACCCCGUCCCAGUAGGCUCGGUCUUGUACCUCAAAGCGACGGUGUCAUAUACUGAUCCUCCAAUCACCUCCAUGGACUCCGGCGCUGCUGGCAAUGGCAAUGACAACAGUGUUGGCGGUGGCGGCGGCACGCGCAAAUUCACAAAAGUCCAGGUCCGCGUUGACUCGAAGGUGCGCGAUGCAGAGCACACGACUAAGAAACCUACUGGGGUGUUCCAUUAUACGUUCCUGGUCGAGAAGGAUGUGCAGGUUAUGCCACAGUCGUAUAGCGAUUUUAUGAUCUGGGUUGAUGCGAAGAGGAGGGCGCAGAAUACGAAUAAGAGCCUGCUGUCAGGGAUUAUGGAGAAGGAUUCAUUAGAUGGGAUUCAAGAGGGCGUGACGGAGUGA